UUUUGUGGAGGGUAUUUAUUGGGUGUCCCUACGCUGAGCAAAGGCAUUUCUGACUCGCUAGGAUAGUGGUAACAGUCUUGGGUACAAAAUGUUCCUGAUGCUGGUGUAGUUUCAUGGCUAGUCAGAGUAUGGAAGAGAAAUACGAACCUGAGCUGGCCCCCUCUGUUGGUGGAGAGCCAGCAAGCGGGGUUCCAUCUAAUUCUUCAACUGAUCCGAAUCUGGAUUCAAGGGAGGUGUUGGACAGGCCCGGCGACCACGCUGUGAGCCCAGACCCAGGCUCCCAAGAUAACCUGCCACUGGAAGACCAAAGCCAACAUGUGGCCAACAUGGAAGACAACACUGACCUCCGUGGGCUCUCCUUCCCAAGAAAGCUUUGGAUGAUAGUGGAGAAUGACAUCUUCAAGUCUGUGCACUGGAGUGAGGAUGGAGAGACUGUGAUCAUCGAGGACGAUCUUUUCCAGAGGGAGAUUCUUCGCCGCAGAGGUGCAGAGAAGAUUUUUGAAACAGACAGCUUGAAGAGUUUCAUUCGACAACUUAACCUCUAUGGAUUCAGCAAAAUACGCCCAAACAACUCUUCAGUUCACGCUCCAGGGAACAAGAGGAUGAUGAUCUACUCCAACUCCAAUUUUCAGAGAGACAAGCCCGAACUCCUGGAGAAUAUUCAGAAGAAAGGCUACCUGAGAAACACUGCUCUGAAAGCAUCCUGUGCACCAACCCUAAAGAGAAAGAAACUGGUAGCUACAAGACACUCCCCACGAAUCCAUCACAAUAAUGCGAAGAAAGAAGCCAACCAGAAGCCCCAGAUGGGAGCUCCCAAUGCUCAGGGACCCAGUGUCACCCAGUCCUUCAUGUUCUCUGGUGUCUGUCCCAUGAACAGCAUCUCUGGGCAUCCCCAGGAAAAUUAUCCCACUCAUGAGCCACAUGGCCCAGGUGGGGAGGGCACCUCUGGGAAUGCCACGUUUGCGCCUCUGGCUACUGCCCCAAUGGAAGGCGCAGGGGAAGUGGCUGCUAGCCCCCAGGUUAUCCCAGAUUACGGUUCUGUAAUGUCUUUGUACAACACCUGCUACUCCAUCCUGCUGGCUGCCCUCUCAGUCAUGGCUCCUAAUGAGCCCCCGGAAGAGGAGCAGGAGGGCUCUGAAGAUUACAAGUGUGCACUCUGUGAACACUUCAAGGACAAUCCAACUCCCUAAACUCAGAGGCCACUGAUGACCGAUAAAAAUUGCCAUUUUCUAAUGAGUAACCCAUUUUCGGUCUUAGUAAAGAGAAAUAAAACCCCACGGGAGUAAAUAAACAAUUUAAAUGAGAA